GCCAGCAUCAAAAGAACAGUCUGAUUUUCACUAGCCAGCGAGCAGCAUUGAUAAAGUCUUUUCACUUUCCACACGGUAUCUUACCGAGCGUUGUCCUUAUUCAAGUUCAAGUUCGAGCGCUUUCUGUGCGUCGUGUCAUUGAGUUGUUGGCGUAAAGGACGAAAAGGAUAUCUUGAUUCCAGGGCUAUAUUCGAGCGUUUCGUGGUACUGCAUCGAGUUCUUGACUCUUUCUGAGUUUUUAUCUGCACCAUAAAAAUGGCAUACAUAUCAUACGCUUUGCGUCGAUUCAUGCUUACACCGGCGGUGCGACCAGCUGCGGCUCUUUAUUCAACGGCCGCGAAAAGCACAUCGAAACCCACUGCUGGUGCUGAAUUUCGUGACCUGUUUUCUCCAAAAAAAAUAAAGAAGAAUUGGGAGUUGGCUCCACUUGUCAUAAUCAUGAGCGGUGCUGUUGUGGGACUUUGUGGCUACAUCGUUUACGCCUCUCAGACUCGAGAUGAUGUCAGAUUCUUCUCCAAAACUAACUCUGAGACUACAGAUUUACUUAAUCCAAAGAAGAGGAAGUUGGUCGUCUUCGAUCAGGAAUAUCGUCCUUUGAAUGCAGUUGCUGAAGCUUACAAGGGUAUGGAAUCAACAGAGAAGAAAGAGGAAAAUUAGACAAGAAAAGAUGUGUUAUUCGUAUAAUGGUUAAUGCCAUGUAUUCCGUUAGAGAGUUGUAGAGUUCCUUAAUUAGUAAUGAAUGUAAUAGCACUUAAUACCUGUUUGCUGUUAUUCAAGUAUUAUGAAAUUAUUAGCAUUUCUUAUUUAAAUGCUUGCCCUUUACCCUUGAAGAGUGGUAAUAUCUUCUUAAUGUUAUUGUAUCCUGUAGAACUCCAAAGAGGAUAUUUAAAAUAUAAAGUGUUUUGUGGAUCUA